CAAUUUUUGUAAAGCUCUCAUUUCUGUUGCAAUGCAGAACAAAAGAAUUUUUGAAACCUUGGGGCUUUUUAAUGGAUUUUUCUUGUUUUUCAUCCAGUCCAAAUGAUUUCUUUGUUCUGUGCUGUUCUGUAUUGCAGAUGUGGCGGUUUUAUUUUGAGAAAUGGCUAAAUCAGAGUUAACUGGACUAUUAUUUCCAUUACUGGAGGUCAGCCACCAGCCUGAAAAAUCAGUUAUCACACACCUCUAGCUGAAUACUUUUAUAGAAGGAAUUACAACUUGAUUUCAAUAGGCUUUGGAUCAGAUCCUGACUGAAGAGGGAAAAGUCAUCCAAUUACUAUUUUUAGUAACAAAUUAUGACAUCAACAUCCAAAGGAAUUUUCCGGCCAUUUUUAAUUAUCUUCAUUGUGCUGGGUUGUUUCAUGGCAUUUUUGCUUAUUUACAUCAAACCAACAAACAGUUGGAUCGCUGGUCCCAUAGAAUCAGCCAGCUCCGUUCUGAAAAUGAAGAACUUCUUUUCUACCAAAAGCGAUUAUUUUAAUGAAACAACGGUACUGAUCUGGGUUUGGCCAUUUGGUCAGACAUUUGAGCUUACAUCCUGUCAAACAAUGUUCAACAUCCAGGGGUGCCAUCUAACUAUUGACCGCUCGCUAUAUAACCGAUCUCAUGCCGUCCUUAUUCACCACAGAGAUAUCAGCUGGGAUCUCACUAAUUUACCUCAGCAAGCUAGGCCGCCAUUUCAGAAGUGGAUUUGGAUGAACUUGGAGUCUCCAACUCACACGCCACAAAAAAGUGGCAUUGAACACCUGUUCAACCUGACCCUGACUUAUCGGCGUGAUUCAGAUAUUCAAGUGCCUUAUGGCUUCAUGAAGGUUAGCACAAGCCCCUUUACCUUUGAAGUGCCGAGCAAAGAGAAAUUAGUGUGUUGGGUCGUAAGUAACUGGAACCCCGAGCAUGCUCGAGUAAAGUACUAUAAUGAGCUAAGCAAAUAUACCGAAAUCCAUACCUAUGGGCAAGCAUUUGGAGACUAUGUGAAUGAUAAAAACUUGAUUCCAACUAUCUCUACUUGUAAAUUUUACCUGUCCUUUGAAAACUCAAUUCACAAAGAUUAUAUUACUGAAAAACUUUACAAUGCUUUUUUGGCUGGAUCUGUACCAGUUGUAUUGGGCCCAUCCAGAGAAAACUAUGAGAAUUAUAUUCCAGCAGAUUCUUUCAUUCAUGUGGAAGAUUUCCUUUCACCAAGAGAGUUAGCUGAGUAUCUUCUGAUGCUUGACAAAAAUAAUAAGAUGUACCUUAGUUACUUUAACUGGAGGAAGGACUUCUCAGUGCAUCUUCCUCGGUUCUGGGAAUCACAUGCAUGCCUUGCUUGUGACCAUGUAAAGAGACACCAGGAGUACAGGUCCAUUGGAAAUUUAGAAAAAUGGUUUUGGAAUUAAACUUUUUAACUUUUUGUGCACUUUUUCAAAGACACUGACAUAAUCUGUAGUUCCAGUGGAAGUGAGAAGAAAGGAGAAAAAAAAUCUGUGUUUUAUGUCACAGUUUAUCAGUAUCUUAUUUAUGUUUGUCAGAGAUUUUAAAAACUCAACAUCAGCGGUCAUCUAUACUCAGUUUUAAAUUAUACUGUAUAUAGGUAAUUAUGUGCACUGAAGAAUGAUUUAUUGUUUACUUUAUUUUUUUUUCAAGGGUUUUUCACACUUUCAGUAGAAUGUAUGUCUCAGUCUUACACAUGAUGUAGUGAUUUUUAAUAUGGUGUUUUUAAAACUUAGAUUAGCUAUUUAACCUGCUCAGAAAAUGAAGACACAGAUUUUAUCAUAGAGAAUUUUAAUGAAAUAGUCUACUGGUUUAGUUUGCAAUUUGUGUAAUAUUUCAAAAGACAAUGUUUGUCAUGUUUUAAUUUCUGCCCUCUUAAAUUCUAACAACAGUGUAGAAUUGAAUACACUGCAUUAAUUCAUGUGGUACCUGUUUAUAAGGUAUGUGGAUUUAGAAAAAUAUAAAUAAGCUUUAAAAAGUUAUCCCAAUAGAAGAGAGCCUUUGAUUUCUAAAUAGAAAAAAUGUAUUCCUCUUAUGGUUAGUUGCCCGAAGAUACCUUGGAAAUAUAUGGAUUUGCUCUAGUCUUCUUAAAAUAGAAUAUUGAAGAAUUGAGAAAAAUUAAUAGUAAUGUUUGAAGGUAAAAUUUGAAACCCUGAUUGGCCAACUGUUUAAGUACAUACUUAACUUUAACUUAAGCAUGUGCUUACUUGAAUCAGGGUUACAAGUAAUGUUACUUUAAAUACAGUUAAAUACAUUUCAAUACAGGUUGGACUUCUAUAAUCCAGACUUCCCUCCUCUGGCAACAUCCAUGGUCCAGCAACUGAGGGUUCACCGGGGCUAGAGCGCUCACAGGGAAACACUGGGAGCCCUGCACUCAGCAACACCUCCCCCACCUUCUCAAAGCUACUGAAGCACCACAAAUCACUCAUUUGCAGUGUUCAAGAUCAAGGUGGGUGGAGAAGCUGCAGAGACAGAAAGGAGGGCGGGCUACUCUGCGGAACAGCAGCGGGGCAGCACUGACCUCUCCUGAUUCGGGACUGGUAGGCUCCUAAGGGUGCUGGACCAAAGAGGUUCAACCUGUAUACUUAUUUGAUCACACUCAUCUUUAUAACUAGAUGCUCAGCUCUUUUUUUUCUUUCUUUCAUAAGACUUUCCUAUUCGUGGCCAGUGGUGCUUACAGCCUUUUUCCAAAAUUCAUGAUUGUACUUCAAGCUAUCAUGCAGGUUGGUCUCUAUGAUCUAUGUUCCAAACCUUUAAUCUCCUUCUUGGUUGUUUUCUAUCCACAAUCACUGCAAGAGAUAUCAUACAGAUAUAGUACAAUCUCCACUGCAUAUGCCUAUUGUUCAAAAAAAAAUUGGGAAGAUUUGGCACUUUUUUAUAUUUCUGAAUAUUUGUGAAUUAUUCACCCAAUUCUAUAAAGGGCUGUUGAACUUUGAUUGAACUUUAAUUACAGCUGGAUAGCAUCAUGAAGUGGGUGUAUGAUGUGAACAAAUAUUGGUUAAAUAUUGAAUUAGAAAAUAUAGUGAAAUUAAUCAUAUACAUUAGAUUAGUACUAUUCAACCAUAGAUUCAUGGAGGUUCCAUCAAAGGCUACUGGCCAGGAUGGGUAGGAAUGGUAUCCCUAGCCUCUGUUUCUCCAGAGUUCAGAGAUGGGAGGGA